UGGACUUAGCAGUUAUCUCUCCGACCCUCACUUCUAAGGUACAAAGUAUCAAUCAACUAAAACAAUGACAACUCUCGAACAUUCAUCUAAAAUAAUCAUCGUCGGUUCUGGUGUCUUUGGCAUCUCGACGGCAUUAUGGCUCGCUCGGUCUGGGUACUCCGAUGUUACUAUUCUGGAUAUGCAAGACACGGCCGCGACGGGCUACGACCCGCUCUCCGGCACGGACUCCGCAUCGGCUGAUCUCAAUAAAAUCAUUCGCUUUAGUUACGGUUCUGAGAUCGAGUAUCAACGUCUUGCUAGCGAGGCCGCUCAAUUGUGGGAUGAUUGGAAUCGCGAAAUUGCCGCGACGCCUGCUGAUGAAUUGCCAGAGAGCUUGAGAGAAGGGGAUAGGAAACUUUGGUGGAAUGUGGGUUUGCUGCGCAUGAGCUGUGAGUCGGAAUUUGGAGCAUUCGAGAUUGAGACGCUUGAGAAUAUGGAACGCGAGGGUAUUAGGGAGUUUCAAUUUAGGAGUGAUGAUGAUGCAGAUAUCGCCCGAGCAAAACAGCGAGGCUGGGCUCAUAAGCUAGACCCUUGUCGACGCCAGAAGAGACUUGGGACGCAUAAAGCCGUCCUCGACUCUACGGCUGGUUUCGUUUAUGCUUACAAGAGUUGUGCUUGGGCGCAAUAUUUAGCAAAGAAGGCGGGGGUCAAGACGACUCUUGAUUCGGUUCGUGGGAAAGUGAUUGAUAUUACCUCAAGGGAUAGUCGCCCUGUGGUACAUACCGCGGAUGGAAGUGAACAUAUUGCUGAUUUAGUUGUUGUUGCUGGUGGCGGAUGGACUCCAUCAUUGAUCCCAGAGGUCCAAGGCUUGUUAGAAACCACAGCUGGCUCAGUAGCCAAUAUUCAAAUUCCAAUGGAUGACCCUGAUCUUUGGGGGCGGUUUGCCCCUGAAAAUCAACCAGUCAUCAGUUGGGGUUCACAUCAAGGCAAGGAAGUAUAUAGCCUACCGAGGGAUGAAAAUGGUAUAUUCAAGAUCGGUUGGCGGAAAACGAAGUGGACAAAUUUUGAAGAUGUACGCGGACGGCGGGUAUCGGUCCCUAGGACUGCUCACGUAACUGAGAAGAAAGAGACGCGUGUCCCAAUUGACGCCCUAAAUGGCAUUAAAGAGUAUAUCGCGAUUAACUUCCCGGAGCUGGUAUCGUUAGGCAUUUCAUCCACGAGGCUUUGCUGGUACACCGAUAGUAUCGAUAACUCAUUCGUGGUCGAUUUCGUUCCUGGAUGCCCUGGUGUUGCAGUGUGUUCAGGUGGUAGUGGUCAUGGGUUCAAGUUCCUACCUAUUCUUGGUCGAGAAGUUGUUAAAAUCCUUGAGGGCAAGGGGUCGCAGACGGUAUAUGGUCAAAUGUGGCGGUGGAGAAGUAGCAGCGAGUCAAAGCGGAAUGGACUCGAGGAGGGCGAAGAAGGACCUAGAGUAUUAUCGAAACAAGCUAUGGCUUCGGAGGCGGAUUGGAAGUUCACGAACUAAUGAUGUGACAAUCCUACUGUGUGUGAGAAACUUUGCUACCGCUGGGGUGUUGGGUACGGAGCUUUAAAGGAUACAACCUGUCGUGGAAUUUCCGCUGGCGAAGACACUGUCAUGACAAGGCAAAAUCCCCGGUAUCGCAGCUAAAACUAACCCAACCGGUAAUUGAAAAAGGAGAUUAGCCCGAUGGUGUCUCGGAUAUGGUGUUUCUAUCGUCUUUGGUGACAUUAUGAUCAGAAUAAGUAUAAAUCUGCCUGG